AUGGGUCCUAAAACUGCUAAAAUGUCAGGAAAUUGUAUUACAAAAGCUAAGAGGCCAAGGAAAGCAAUAUCAUUAGCUAAGAAAAUAGAAAUUAUUAAAAAGAUAGAAGAAGGGUAUAGGCCAAAAGAAGUUAGUGUCAGUAUGAAUUUAGCUUCUUCAACUAUCAGUACUAUACUUUCUCAGAAAGAGGAGUGGAAAAAAAGGGCAGAAACAAUUGUGGGGGGUGGUAGUCUUUUACGAAUCACUAAAAGUAGAGCUGAAAUAAUGGAAAACCUUGAAAGAAUGUUAAGAGUGUGGAUACACAGUCACGAUGAAAGUAAUAUUCCUUUGAGUUUCACAGUCGUCAGGGAAAAAGCUUUGAGUUUGUUUGCCAAACUGAAAAAAGAAGCCGAAGAAGAGGGUGAUGAAGAAGCUAAACAGAUAUCUUUUAAAGCUAGUCACGGGUGGUUCGAACGUUUCAAAAAGCGUUCUUUCCUUCAGAUCCGUGAUGAUACAGCACCAUCAACAGAAUUUGAAGAAGAAAAAGAUUUUCCAGCAAAACUACAACUUCUUGUAGAUAAAGAAGGAUAUUCUCCAAAACAGAUAUUUAGUUUACGUGAAACUGGCCUUUUUUGGAAAAGAAUGCCAUCUCGGACAUUUAUUUCCAAGCACGAAAAAAAUGCUACGGGUUAUAAAGCAUCUAAAGACAGGCUAACUUUACUCAUUGGAGGAAACCUUGAAGGUGAUGUCAGAUUAAAACCUCUACUUGUGUAUCAUACUGAAAAUCCAAGGGCAUUGAAAGGUUUAUGUAAGAAAACAUUACCAGUGAUUUGGCAUUCUAAUCGGAAAGUUUUGAUUACAAAAAAAAUUUUCCUCGACUACAUAGUAGAGUACCUUUCACCUUUCAUAGAUAAAUAUAAUGCGAAAAAUCAUUUUGUCAACAAAUCUUUACUUAUUCUUGAUAUUUCUCCUUAUCAUCCUUUAGACCUCGAAGAAUAUUGUGACAAUAUACGUAUUAUAUUUUUGCCACCAAAUAUUCCUUCUACUUUUCAUCCAAUGGAUCAAGGUGUUAUAACUUCUUUUCAGCAUUAUUAUCUACUACAACUGAUGCAAUGCAUCGCAACUAAUUUAGGAAGCAUUGACAAAAUAGCAGUCAAAGAAGUGUGGGAGAAUUACAACAUUAAAAUUGGAAUUGAAAAUAUAGACACCGCUCUGACUAAGCUUACUAAAAGCGAUAUGAAUCGCUGUUGGAAAAAUCUUUUGCCAAAAUACGUCUACGACCACCGAAGUUUUGAGAAGGAUUUAAACAAAAUUAAAGACGAUAUAUUACAAUUAGCAGCACAAGCAGGGUUUUUUGAUGUUGACAAAAAGGAUAUUGCUGAACUUAUACGAUCGCACCAGGAAGAAUACACUGGUGAAGAGGUAAUUCUGUUAGAUGUAGCCAGAUUAACUGAAGAAGAUAAUGAAGAAUUACAACAACACAAUAAAGUUCUAGGAACAGAAACACUUGCUAAAUUCUUUUAUUAUUUGGACUUAGCCACUCAACUUCUAGACGAAAAUGAUCCGAACUUAGAGCGAACAUCAGCAUUUAAGCGCGGGUUGUUUCAAUUAGUUACGUGCUAUCGUGAGGUAUAUGACAGAAAGCGGCUAGCAGCAAUGCAAACAUCAGUUUUGACAUUUUCUCAGACCUCUACGUUAGCUGAAUCGGAACGUUCCACUUCAUCUGAAGGAAAUUAUUCAUUUUCUUAA